GAGGUGGGGGAGUAUAAUGUACUUACAGAUUCCUCAGGAAGCAGAGCCUCCAGCUACAUUUUGAUUGUUCUUUUGACUCUCGCAUUUUGUGUCGUAGCGAGUUCUGAAUGCGCGUUAUUUACAACUAGCUCAAUGCUCGCAUUGUUUAUGGAAAGCGUUUUGGUUGUUCUCAGUCCGUUUUCAAAAUUAUCUGCUUGAAAUGCGACUAUUUUCAUCAAGCGGUGGUACAGUUUGUCCCAAACAGACUCGAUUCCUAUCGAACGGAGCGGUCCCGAGCUGGCAGCGGCGCCUGCACUGUUAGUUACUAUGGAGACAGCUCAGCCCAUGCUGACGAGCUGCUGGAGCGGGCGAAGGAUGCUCAGCUCUCCCCAACUUCAGCGCCGAGCAACUUGAAUUCCCCGUCAGUGCGUCCUCAGCAGCCUUCCCAGACGGUAGCUGGGGCUGCUCAGUCAUGCAGGGUUCACCCCGAAGGCGGUCGGCAGUGAGUAUUUUUAGCAACUUUUUCCAGGGUCGGAGGCAUUCUUCCUCCGAUCCCCUUCUUCGCAUAAUCCAGAGGCGCCGGAGCUCAGUCGUAGAGCUACUCUCGUCAUCGACUCACCGGGUUAUGGUGGCCGUAUCGUCUCUGAGCCCCGAGGAGCUGGACGCAACUUUUCCUGAAAAAAAAAGGAGUUCGAGGCGUCCGACAGCAAAAUACACGAAAGUAGGGGAGCGCCUUCGCCAUGUCAUUCCUGGCCACAUGCAGUGCUCGAUGGCGUGUGGUGGACGUGCUUGCAAGUACGAAAACCCGGCUCGAUGGAGUGACCAGGAGCAAGCCAUUAAAGGCCUCUACUCUUCUUGGAUAACAGAUAACAUACUGGCUAUGGCUCGACCCUCAACAGAAUUAAUUGAAAAAUACAACAUUAUUGAACAGUUUGAAAGAUGUGGCAUAAAAACCGUAAUUAACCUCCAGCGUCCUGGGGAGCACGCGAGCUGUGGGAAUCCGCUGGAACAAGAAAGCGGCUUCACCUACCUUCCCGAAGCUUUUAUGGAGGCUGGAAUCUAUUUUUAUAAUUUUGGGUGGAAGGAUUAUGGAGUGGCAUCUCUCACUACUAUACUUGAUAUGGUGAAAGUCAUGGCUUUCGCCCUGCAGGAAGGGAGGGUGGCUGUUCAUUGUCACGCAGGACUUGGUCGGACAGGUGUUUUAAUAGCUUGCUACUUAGUUUUUGCCACAAGAAUGAGUGCUGAUCAAGCGAUUCUUUUUGUCAGAGCAAAAAGGCCUAAUUCUAUCCAGACUCGAGGGCAGUUGUUGUGCAUCAGAGAAUUCACUCAGUUUUUGGUUCCUCUGAGAAACGUAUUUGCGUGCUGUGAGCCCAAGGCACACACAGUGACACUGUCCCAGUACCUGACCCGUCAGAGGCACCUGCUCCACGGCUAUGAGAGCAGGCAUCUCAAACACGUGCCAAAACUUAUUCACCUGGUUUGCAAAUUGCUGCUAGACUUGGCUGAAAACCGACAAGUGAUAGAGGCGGAAUUGUUAGACAUACCGGAUCUCUCCGCUGAAAUUGAAAAGACUGUUUCUCAGCUGGUGUCCACCCAGCUAGACAGAGAACUCGCACGGCAGGACAGCGAUGCGUCGGACUCCUCCCACACCCACUUGUCCGCUUUUGAGACCCAGGAUUCUCUUUUCUCCCUGGGACAUGAAUGUGACCCUCUUUGGAAAAGAAGGAAUGCUGAAUGCCUCCAGCCUCUUACCCAUCUGAAGAGGCGCCUAAGCUACAGUGAUUCAGAUUUAAGGAGAACUGAGUUUCUUCUAGAACAAGGAGAAACCGCAUGGACAGUACCUGCUCAGAUACUGCUGUGCAGCAAACUUAAGCAGAACAGCGGUGAGGAGGGCGAACAAAAGCCACAGCUGGAUUUAAACAAAGAAGCGUUGGUGCGUAAUACAUGUAUGUUCUGGAGCCAAGGGAAAUUUAAUUUGGAUGGACGAAAAGACGGAUCCUCACUUUACCACAGAAGGAACUCCACCAAAGAAGUACAACGCAGCAGAACCUUUUCUUCAGGUCUAGCAUCUAUCCACAAUACCAGGGAGCCUGGAACACCAAGGCAUAAGUUUGCCAAUGAGGUUGGUCACAGAAAAGACCACAAGACUAACAUGUAUGGCAGAAGAGUCUAUGUCUCCGAGGACUCUGAUUCUUCUUCUUCUUCCAAAGUGAACUUUUCCAUUGGAUACGAAAGCCAAGGUAGCAAAGAUGUGUCAGAGGCAAUUCCACACAUUGUUGUGCAGUCAGAAUUAAGUUUGGAAGCCCGAAGAGUUUUGGCAGCGAAAGCACUUGCAGAUAUAAAUGAAUUUCUGGGAGAGGAUGAAGUGAAGCAGAAGGUAGAAAUGUGGCAGAAAGAACUGAAUUCUCGAGAUGGCGCUUGGGAUAAAAUCUGUACCGAGAGAGAUCCUUUUAUCCUGUGUAGCUUGAUGUGGUCCUGGAUAGAGCAGCUGAAAGAACCCAUUAUAUCCAAAGAUGACAUUGACAUGCUGGCAAAAAAUUGCACGGAAUCACAGGACGCACUUUAUUUACUGAGAAAGGAACAGUGUCAGACCAUCCUUUGUAUUUUACACUGCGUGGUGAACUUGCAGACGCUCCCAGCCGACGUGGAGGAGGCCUUACUUGCUCGUGCUAUUAAAGCUUUCACUAAGUCACAGUGACAGGUGAAGCUUGCUGUUGCUCGGCUCGGAGCUGCUUUCUUCUCAGAUUCGGCGGGUGAAAUGAUUUGAACAGCACGUUCAUCCCGCUGCUUCCUAAUCUCUGCCGAACCUGCAGACGUGUCACCUGUUAAAACACUCACGGCAUUUCUCCUUCUGCUAGUUUGUUUUAACGUCUGGUCAGCAUAAAGUUGGAAAUACUUAGCGUUAAGUACUCCAGUGUGACGCGCAUACUUUCUUUGAUAAACCUUAAAACUUUUUUUUUUCUUUAAAAUGGUGGUUAUCUACUUUGCAUUUUGCCGUGUGACAUCUAUUUAACAACUGAACUUAAAUUUCUCCCUUUUAUUAGACAAGCUUCGACUCUGAAAAUGGACCAUAUGUUUACAAUACCUUGAAAAAAGUAUUUAAACAAACGCUGGAAGAAAAAAGAAAAAAGCUUAAAGAAGGAACAGAGAAUUCCUCCUGAUACCUGCACAGCUAUGCCGAAGAACUAGAUGGGCCUACCAAAUUAUUUUGCAUUUUCCAGCUACUGUAUUUUGUGCUGUCUGGCAUGAUUUACCGAACUUUAGGUAAUACUAGUUAUUAACAAAGUAUUUUAUUUUUUUAGAGGGAGUUUUAGUGACAAUUGUUCUAUCUACACCGUUGUAAAGAAGAGCUCCUGUGUGACCGUACUGUAGCGUUUGGGUUCAGGUACUGUGCUUUUAUGUUGUGAACCGCUCUUGUGGUUUCAAAUGUAUUUAUUGAUUUAGAAACCUCUGUCAUUGGCAAGCAACGUUAUUUUCAAGUUACACAGUUGCCAUAAGUUCAGUGCCAUGCUACACAAAGGUUUAAUAGAUGGAGUUAAUAUUUAUGUAUCAUCAAGUGCGUUUACGUUCAUGUUAUUUGAUUUUACUUUGCAGAAAAUAAACACUGACCGAACUUACUAAAUUCCUCUUCCUUUUAGAAAUUUUAAAAUAAGACUAAGAGUAAUAAUGAACAGAUUUUGAGGUCUCCUAUUAAUGGCAGAUAAUUUUUUCUUUUAGAUCUCUUAAAUAAUUGUCACCAAUGUGUUUCUAAAAGGUGUUGCAGUAAAGAAAUACAUGAAGUGUAUUAAGUUAUCAAAAGGCCUUAAUUUAGACUUUUUUGGCUAAGAAAGCUUUAAAGUGGUUUUGACAGAAUAUCGA